AUGGUGGUUAUGGUUGACAACCAUAAUGAGCCGGCACUGGAGCAGGUAACUGGCACCGGCACCGUGUUGUUUCCUUCAACCGUUCAAUGGCCUCACAUUUGUUUCUCUUCUUUUGUCUUUGGUCUUCUCCUUUCUCGUUCGCCGUCGUCAUCGUUUGGUUUCACCGUCGCCUACUCGCCGUCACAGUUGAUAAUUACUGAAUAUGAACUUGAUUUAGAUAAAAUAUGGUGCAAUGGAAGGCUUGAAUUCUUUCUUGGUGAUCUCAUUCAGAAUCAACAAGCACCCUGUGAUCAGGUUCUGCUUUCCAGAAGAGAGCAUGUGUUUGGAACAAUGAGUUAUGUGCCAAGGAGUGUGUUCUUGGGUUCUAAACAUGAUAUAGAGAUUGAGUACAUCAAUAAUGGAGGGGUGUUAAGAGUGAAAGUGGACGGUGAAGUUUGCUUGGUUGUGAAGAGGCUUGCAUGGAAGUUCAGAGCGAAUGAGAAGAUCUUCAUUGAUGGGGUAGAAGUUGAUUUCUAUUGGGAUGUGCUGCGUUGGAUGGUUAAUAAUAGCAAUGGUGGAAAUGGGAAUAAACAUCUCCAUGGUGCAUUUGUGUUUCAAGUUGGUAAUGGUGCUGUAUGGCUUGAAAUGGUGGGUCCUGAGAAAAGAUUGAUGAGGAAGAGCUUCACCGGAAGCACUACGGUGGGGGCACCGUCGGUGCUGCCAUCGCUGUCGCCGAUGUCAAGUUCAGGAUUGUUGCAGUGGGCAGAGGAGAGUAGUGAUGGAGGGCGGAGCUCAUGUUCUUCAUCAACAAGGUCCUGUGGUGGUAAUGGUGGUGGGUUCUCUUUGUUGGUUGCUCUAUGCAUGAAGAAUAGAAUAAAAUUUGAAAUUUGGAACUUUAGUUGA